AUGUCGCCUUCAACAAUUGAUGAUACUGCCGCCGUCUAUGAAGCGGCAGCUUCUCCCAAGGCGUUGCCUCCGCCAAAAGACCUGUCGCAUCUUUUCUCUGUGGUCACCAAGAACCGCAAUCCAAGCGCUGUAAAGGCCUUCUACAAGUUUAUGCGGAUUCCGGGAAUCAGCAAUUUUGCCGGAGGAAUGCCCAAUGUCAAAUACUUUCCAUUUGAUACUUUGGAAGCUCAGAUAUCCAACCCGGAUCGAUGGGAGCCCUCGCCCAAUUAUCCUGAUCAGGUCGAGCCAUUGACACAGACUUUGUCAAGCAGUAUUGGUAUUACCGAGGGUGGUGACGAUCAAACCAGUAGCAAGGCAGAUCCGAACGCUCCUAAAACGCCAGACUACAAAGCAACAUCAUCCCGCAUAACGAUCCCUAAGAUUCUGAAUGAGCCAGACCCUGUUAAGAAAGUCGACCUGGCUACUGCCCUACAAUAUGGACUCGUUACUGGCUACCCACCGCUGCAGUCCUUCAUCAAGCAAUUUACGACCCAAGUGCUCUACCCAAAUGUUCCCUACAAGGGCGGGCUAGACGUGAUCCUCAACAAUGGUGGAACGGAUGGCUUUUCAAAGGUUCUCCAGCUACUAGUUGAUCCUUGGUACGAGGGAGUGCAUCCUGUCGCUCAGCGACCAGGCUUGCUAUGCGAAACCUUUGUCUUUGGAAACAUCCUCACGCAAGCUCGGCCACUUGGAGUCAAUAUCGUAUCCGUAGAGAUCGAUGACGAGGGCAUGGUAGGUGAGGGACCUGGUGGUCUGCGAGAAAUCCUUGAGAACUGGGACACUCAGAAGGGUCGACGACCACAUCUCCUAUACACAGUAACCAUGGGCGAUAACCCCACAAGUGGUGUAGUGGGAGUGAAGAGAAGAAAAGAGAUCUAUGCUCUUGCGAGUGAGUACGACAUCGUUAUUGUCGAGGACGAUCCCUAUUGGUAUCUCCAAUACCCCUCUGCCGCAGUACAUGAGGCUACAGCCCGUGGUUAUGAUACUCCCCAAAGACAACAUACGCAUAAGCCAGUCACGGCAUCUGGCUAUGACUUCAUCGAUUCACUGGUCUCCUCAUAUCUCAACAUCGACGUCGAUGGCCGAGUCAUUCGUCUCGACACUUUCUCCAAGACAAUUGCCCCUGGUUGCCGAUUGGGCUAUGUAACCGCACAGCCCGAAGUAAUUGAGCGGCUCACUAGAAUCGCCGAGACAAGCACUGGUCAACCUUCUGGCUUUGUCCAAGCACUCAUUGCCCAAGCCAUCCUAGGCCCUCACUCAUCUGCCCUAGAAACCUUCGCCUCACUUCCUGCCUUGGAGAAGCCCUCAUUUACUGGCUGGAAGCUUGACGGUUGGGUACGGUGGCUCGAGGGUCUCCGCGGUGAGUAUGAGCGCCGCAUGAACCGAAUGUGCACUAUACUCGAAGAGAAGGCCUUCAUGCUCAGACAAUCACCGUCUGAAAGCCCAGACCUCGAUUGGAGCAUGAUUAAUAAGACGCGAGUAUUCGAUUUUGACUGGCCUCGUGGAGGCAUGUUUGUCUGGCUGCGUAUUCACUUUGAGAAACACCCUCUCUACCAGGCCCGCGGUGGUAAACUUACACCCGUCAUCGAUGGCCCUGUCUUGGCGAGUGCGUUUCUCAGUCAUAGCACUCAUGCACCUCAUCUGGUGCUGGGUAGCCCUGGUUACAUCUUUAGUGCCACACCCGAGAUUAGGGAGAAGCAAGGUUGGCAGUACAUCCGAUUGUGUUUCGCAGCCGAGAGCGACGAGAACAUUGAUGCUGGCUCGUUGAGGUUCGCGAACUCGGUGCAUGCGUUCUUCAAGAUUAAAGAGAGUGGGCAGAUUGAGAAGUUGAUUGAAGAACUGGCGUUAUAG